AGGUCCAGGAUGCCGCAACUCCCACUGAUGAUGCCCCCGGAGCGCCCCAGUGGGCCCCUCUUCAGUCUGAAGUUCACCACGUUUGCUGUGAGCACCGUCUGCCUUCCGCUCCUCGGCUUCCUGUUCUGUGUGAUCUGGUCAUUACUGUUCAACUUCACCGAGACCACGGCGACGCACUGCGGGGUUCCCAACUACCUGCCAUCCAUAAGUGCAGCGAUUGGUGGAGUCACCCCACAGCGGUAUGUCUGGAGGUUCUGUAUCGGGCUGCACUCUGCACCCCGUUUUCUGGUGGCCGUGGCAUAUCUGAACUAUUAUGUGGGCUCCGGAGUGUCAUAUUUGGCCUGUCACCUCAACUUCCUGCUCAAUGUGGUGGAGAUCCUUUGCCUUCUCUUGCUGACCUACGUAUCAUCCAAUGAGAACCAUGGGAUCCAUCAGUUGGCGUUUUCAUUCUUCAUGUUCUUUUCUCUCAGUCACAUGAUCACAACACUUCUAAUAUGGAAGAGGACCAGGAGAUUUUCUGUAAGUUCUGAGGAGCGAAGGUCCUACACCUACAAGAAGCAUCUCUUCUUCUUCAACAUUGUGGCGUUCUUCAUCUCUCUCGUGGUUUAUAUCCGCCACAACGUGUACUGUGAGCCCGGAGCGUACACCAUCUUCGCCCUCCUGGAGUACCUGGUUGUCCUCUCCAAUAUGGGCUUCCACAUGACGGCCUGGUGGGACUUCGGCAGUAAAGAGCUUCUCAUUGGCUCACCGGAGGAAGACAAGCGAAUCUGA